GGGAAACGCUCUGGUGUCAUACUUAUUCUUUUUUCUCACUCCACCGCCUCGGUUUUGCCAUCAACGAACACACACCGACUCUCUUCAGCAACGCGAAAAAACAGAGGAGGGGUGGUGGAAACCCUCUGAAGCAGAAAAGAAAUAUGGCAAUACUUUCGUUGUUGUCGUCGUUAGAAGCAGAUAUUUCUGUACCCUUGCUCUUGUCCACCGUGACCGUGGUCUCGGCCACUGCCACAACCUUGUUAUUAAUCUGCAAGCCUCGCCUCAUGCGCCUCAUGCGCCUCUACUCCCACAAAAAGAACCUCAUAAGACUCCAUCAUGAAAAACCUAAAAGCAAUCCAACUGCCAAGAUUCUAUUUGUUUCCCAAAUCGGAACCUCAAAAGCCCUAGCUUCGUGCCUCUGCGAUUUGUUCGAGUCGUUCAGCGUCGUUACGGAGCUCGUAGAUGCCAGGGAUUACGUGCCCGAAGCCCUACCCAAGGAGAACCUUGUCGUCCUCGUUGCUUCAACUUCGGAAGUUUGGAAUCUCGGACAAGAUUUCAUCUCCACUGACAACCGUUCUGUCGGAGCAAUGAUGUUCGCCGGUCGGAUCGUCAAUUACGCGAAGGGCUAUAAGUUUGGAUCGUUAGUUGUGAAUGCUUACGGUUUCAGUGCGUUUGUCGCCGGCAAAGGGGCUUCUGGAGAUGACACGAAUUUGAUGGCUAAGGCUGCCAAUCAUAUUAGGGAUUUGGGGGACACUGCUGAAUUGAACGGGGAUUUUGACAGCUGGUGGGGAAGUGUUGUUGGGGUUUUGCAAGGUGCUGUUUCGGGAGGUGCUGCUGAUGCCAUGUGCGGGGAAUAUGAUCCUGAGGAUGUUGGUUCUUCUGAUCCAAAGCUAUCCAUGACGCAGCGCUUAUACCUGUUUGUGGAAAAUAUAAAUCUUAAAAGAGAUCAUGUUGGGCCAGCCAUCACGCGAAGGAUGUUAACUAUAACUGAGGCCAACUUUAUUAAGAAUGGCACUGUUGAUCUUGAAGAUGGAGGUCAUGUAACUGCCAAAUGGCCUCUUAGAGAUGGUCUAUUGGUCGAUUAUCCAUUACCAUAUAUGCAAGGAGUUUGUUCUGUCGGUCACAGCUUCUUCUUUGCUGGUGGUAGUGACCUGAAUAUUAUUGACCCAGAAUUGUGUUUGAAUUGGGAUGAUCAGCACCCCUCAAGGAUGUGGUGCCUCAAGUAUGAGGGUUCUAAUUGGAGUUGGAAGUUUUGUGGAAGCAUGUUCUGCUGCCGAUAUAGACCCUUAGUAGUCCCCUAUGAUGGCAAAUUGUACAUCUUUGGGGGUACUGGAACUGCAAAUUGCUGGGUUGAUAUUUACAGCCUAAAAUCAGGUCUAUGGGAAACAAGGGAAGUGCCCGAAAGUGCUCUCUUGUCAUAUUGCAGGAACCCUGACUCUUACUUUCUGUGGGAGGACAGCACCAAGCCUCACAAGAAGACCCACAUUGUAUUGUAUUCUUGUGGUGAUGAAGGGCUCAUGUCAUAUGACGUCAAGGCUAACAAUUGGGAAUACCUUGAUUGGAAUUUUCCGCCAGUUCCUGAAUAUUGUCCAAGGAAACUUGUUCGUUUGGGAUGCAGUCAUUAUCUUCUGAUUGUUGACUUCGCUCCAAUGUGGCAUAUUUAUGAUUUAUCUAACAUGAAUGUUGUGGAAACGGUGGAGGUGGAUGGUUUGGACAAGACCGCAGAAGUAAUGUAUAUUUUUUGUUGCCACAACACUAGUGAUGAAAGUUUGAUUGAUAUGUUCAUGGAACCUGGAAAUGUUUUCGAGGGAGAGCCAUCUACUAACACUGGUUCUGGGGUUGUUUCUUAUGCCAGAGUCAAGCUCCAACUCAAAACUUUUUCUGCCAAGAUUGAAUCCAAGGGUAAUUUUAACCUUGGUGAUUAUGUAAAUCUUUAUAUGUUUGCUGUUGGAGAUGAAGACCAAUAAUUGUUUCAAUCUUGACCUCCAAACUAUCAAUGAUGAUGGGGAGUUAGAAAGCGACCAAGAUUAAUUGUGUUAAAUUUGUUUAGUGACUAGACAUUGGUUUUUAUUUCUUUCUUUUUUAUCUUGUUUGACAUUGUAUGUUUCUUGUGUUUUUAGUUUAUGUUCAGACGUGAUCAUAGUUGUAUAAAUUUUAAAAAUUAAUCUUGUUUGUUAGAUUCGAA